AUGGAUGUGAUCUCCGUCCCUCCACACCCGCCGCCCGCACCAGGAGCCUCCUUGGCCCCACCGGCGCGGGCGGCUCACGGAGGCCAGAAGGGGCUGUGGGGACCCUGGCCAACGCCCCGGGCCCAGCGGGCACCCACGUGGCCCUACCCCAGGGUGACCCAGCUGACGCUGGUGUCAGAGCCGGCGCCUGCGCCCCUCACCAUGGACCCCAUGGGGGACCUGGCCGCCCUGAAGACCCGCGUGUUCACCCAGAAGGAGGGUGUCCACUACCAGGUGAAGGUCACCUUCAGGGUCCACAGGGAGAUGGUCAGUGGCCUCAGGUGUCUGCACCACACCUACAGGGCCGCUGUGAGAGUGGACAAGGCCGUCCACAUGGUGGGCAGCUGAGGCCCCAGGGCCCUGGAGCCAGUUUGUGACGCCGGUGGAGGAGGCACUGCGGGCCUGCUGGAGCGGAGCCCCUACGUGGUCAGGUCCCUCAUCACGGACGACGACAGGACCGACCACAGGUCCUGGGAGUGGCGCCUCCAGGUCGCAGGGACUGGAAGCACUGAGCCGACCUGGGGCUCCCACUAA